AUGGAAGCUUUGAUGUGUGCGCUUGUAGAGGUAGUUUUGAUGUCUCGUGAGGGUGAUAUCUUGGCGUUUAGGAUGGUACUGCACAAGUUGGCUAAAAGCCACAAGUAUUUGGAGGACAACAAAACCAAUCCUUCGAAGCUGAAGCUUAAGGAGUUUAUAGAUCUAAGAAUUAAAAAGACUAUGCCCUAG